GAAAAGUGGGCGGCUAAUCGACAUUGCGCUCCACUGGCGCACUUCAUUGACAGGAAACUGCUGUCCCGGGCGAAAUUUUCAGUCGAUGCGGUAAGAGGCAUUGUGGAAUUUGCAGAGUCUGGUUCACCAUGCAAGACUCAACGUUUUGCCCUCUCAACACUCCCAAGGUCAACUCGAUCGAAACUGACUCGGCCCCUGAGAUAUCAACGAAGAUUGUGGCCAAGACGCACUUUGGGUGGGUCCUCGGACACUGGUUUGUUGGUCUGUGCCUCUUCAUGGCGACGUGGACGCCGUUCAUGUACUUUCUCCCGUUCUACACUGAUAAAAUCUCGAACCCUAUUACCAUCUGGUGGGGAGGCGAUCCCAAAGUGCGCAGCAGUGGCCACAGAGAGAUGGUGAGGCCCACCUUCUUCUUUCUUGGCAUGGUUCUCCCCGUCCUCGUCGGAGCAGUCGUGUUUGCCAUCAUCCGAACCAAGUCCCCCAUCGUCGUCCCACCCUUUUCCCAUUUAUUACAUCGCAAGCCCCUGGUAUUUCGCGGUCUUAUCAGCUACGGCGAGAUUCUCUUCCUCAUUAUCGUGCUCGGCGGCAACGCUAUCAUUUUCUACUUCCGAUGGGCUAGACGGUACAAGCCGGGCAAGAGUACGAACUUGAACAUCCUUUCCAUCAUUGGAACCACCUUGGGGUUCAACGGUCUUUUCAACAUGACGUUUUUGGCGUUGCCCGCAUCUCGCCAUUGCUUUUGGAUGGAAUGGCUAAACAUCCCGUACGCCCAUGGUGUCAAGUACCAUCGCUGGCUCGGUGUCGUUACGAUUGUCAUGAUCGCUGGCCACACUGUGGUCUACUUUGUCGUGUACGGCAUCCGCAACGAGCUACAUGACCUCCUUCCAUGCUUUGACUGCAACGUGGCCAAGGAAGGGUUCGACAACUGGAUGAACUUUUUCGGGAUCCUGUCCUUCCUCGCCAUGGCCAUCAUGGGCGCCACUUCGCUGCCGUUCGUUCGCCGCAAGUACUACAACGUGUUCUACACGACGCACUUCCUCUUUAUCCCUGCCACUAUCUUUGCUGUCCUCCACUGGGGGCCCAUCCUUUACUGGCUCUACGCCACCAUUGUGCUUUACCUGGUCAACCGCAUGUUCUCGUCCGCGUCCAUUUCGGCGCCUGUCACGAUCGAGCGCGCCAUCGCCAUGCCUGCCGAGGUCGUCGAACUCACACUGCACUGCACGACGGGGUACAGUCCCGGCGACGUCGUCUGGCUCAAAGUCCCCGCUCUGUCCAACACCCAGUGGCACCCCAUCAGUGUCGCAUCUACUCCGCUGCAAGCACCGGGCCUCCUCACUGUCUACGUAAAAUGCCUCGGCAGGUGGUCUAACGGCCUGUACCACUACGUUCGCUACUGCCACUCCGUUGGUCUCCCGCCGGUGGUGUACAUGGACGGAGGGUACACGUCGGCGGCGCCGAUCUCGUCGUCGUACUCUGACGUUGUGUUUGUUGGUGGAGGCAUCGGGGUAACCCCCCUUAUGGGCCAGCUCCUUCACAUUUUGCACACGAACCCUCGCCAAACGGUGUGGCUAAUUUGGCACGUUCGGCGAUCGGCGAUGCUGCUUCAGUUCCAAGCGUGGUUGCGCGAGAUGGAAGCGUUGAGCGAAGCGAAUGGCGGUCGCGUACACCUCCGCUUGCAUGUGACACAGGAGCACACAACGUCUCUGAAUGUGGAAGACGACGAUGGAAUCGGCGGCGUCGCGACCUUUGACGCCACCUCAACCGUCGCCAACGUCGAGUCUCGUCCGUAUGCACACUUGAACACAACCAAGCGAAUGUGGAUCUUGCUGCUUGCGUUUGCCUUCAGUGGGAGUCUCGCGGUGCUUCUCUUGUACGGUAACAAGAUCUCUGCCAUCAACCGCAGCUACUGGCCGCUGCAGCGCCUUGCCGAAUUUUGCGUGGUCGUCGCUGGGAGCUACAUGGCGUACAUUGUCACGUACGUCGCCAAGACACAGUCUCCAAUCCCCGUUGCCAACCAAGUGGAUGGUGCCCCCAAGCUCGGCAAGGAACUCGACACACCUGCGUUUGUGGCACACUACAACGUGCAGUUUGAACGCGCGAAUUGGGCAGAGGUGUUUGCUGAGAUCGAAGCGCAAACGGCCAAGGACGCCGUUGUCGGGGUGUACAUCUCCGGUCCAAAGGCCCUCGUCCGAGCUGUGGACGGUCAAAUCCAAGGUCAAGCAAAGUUCCACGUCCACAACGAAGAGUUUGACAUGUAAAAAAGACGAUGUAAAGUGUCCAUGAAUGUCCAAGUCAUGAUGUGUGUUUGGAUCGUUCCUCAUCUGCACGCGCUACCUCGAUAACGCGUUGCACUUCAUGGGCACGAUGUCGGUGGCA